CUCGCAGCGACAUGGUUGUAUGUAAUCACGAUGGCAACUAACGACGUCCAACGCACUGCGUAUCAACACCCACUCUCACCCGCAGUCCACCAAUACCGCCCACAUGCGAAACUCCAGCUGCCGUCCGGAAGCACGCGCCAGACUGUCCCUGUCUGGACGCGUCCGCCUUGGAACGCACCGACUGGAAUGCAAGCUGCAUAGUGCAAUGUCAGGGACGUCGCGAUGGCGACUGGUUCGCAAAGCGCACUGCCCGCAUCCAACACCGGUAUCGCAGAUUCACGGCGUCUCGAGUGAGGGAACGAGGAAAUCCAGCGUCGACGAUCACUCUGUGGUCUUCCGUGCCGCCCAGGCUAGACUAAAUCAAACGAGCCUGCCCGCCCCGUUCACGGGAACGUGGCCCGUGUGUGAUCUAGUGAGAGAGCGACUAAACCGCGGGCGCCGCUGUUCUCGGUGUGUGUCUUGUAGCUUGCUUAUUCGAAUGUACCUCUGCACAUGCCCAUAUCCCAGUGCCCACGCCGAACCUUGCUCGUCAGCAUGCUCGUGUGACCCAGCACGUAUCUCUCUCGCAUGUGUGCCGUCCGUAGACAUCACCUCACGCCAUUAGCGCUGCUCCAGCGCGCGGAGCAGUGCCGCAGUCUUCUCCUCCACCAGCCGGACAUCUGCGGCGAGGUCGUGCGUCCAGAGCCAUUCGAAGCGGGCAUUCAAGUCCUGUAGCGCGUCCUCGAUGCUCAGGUCCGCGCCGGUGAGCGGGUCGCGCAGGUUGUAAAUCUCGCCGCAUUCUCGGGCAGUGCGGACCUGCUUCUGCGCGCGCGGGCGUCUGAUUUCAUCGUAGGCCGCAAAGGCUGCUUC